ACUCAAUGGCCAUAUGUCCCAACCCCACCUAGACUUCCCUUUGAAGCAACAUUCAUCCUUGUAUACACCCCUCCAUCAUUAAUUACAACCUAAGAUUUCAAAUAAUGGCCGAUAUUCUUUUAUGGCUCUGCCAUGGCCACCACAUUGUCCUUCUAUGGAUUUCAAUAGCCACGCUUUUAACCAUCUCUUCUUCUAUGCCACCACCAAACCCUAUCAAAUGCAACAACAUUAACUCAACAUCAAAUUGCCAACUUUCCAAUUCCUACGGUGUUUGGGGUGAUAGACAAACAUGUCACGCCCCAAAAAUUGUCUAUCCCACAACCGAAGAAGAACUUCGUGACGCAUUAGCCAAUGCAAAUAAAAACAACCUUAAAGUCAAAAUUGUCACAAGAUUUUCACACACAAUUCCUAAACUAGCAUGCCCUGGUAACUCAAAAGAAUUUGUUUUCAUUAGCACUGAAAAAUAUGACUCGAACAUCGAUAUUAACAUGGAAGAACUUACGGUCACUGCUGAUGGUGGAGUGGGACUACGAAAACUUAUCGAUACGAUCGAAAAGGCAGGGUUCAGUUUGGUGGCUGCUACAUAUUGGGAAGGAGUGACUGUUGCUGGAGUAAUAAGUACGGGUGCUCACGGUAGUUCAUGGUGGGGCAAAGGAGGAGCAGUUCAUGAUCAUGUUAUUGGUCUAAGUCUCAUUGUACCAGCUAAUGAAUUUGAAGGUUAUGCUAAAAUAAUCAAAUUGACACCACACGAUCCACUUUUCAAUGCUGCUAAAGUUUCUCUUGGAUUGCUUGGAAUCAUUUCUAAGGUGACAUUUCAAUUGGAGCCAGCAUUCAAGAGAAGUAUAAGAUUCAAUUUCACAAAUGAUAGUCAUAUAGAAGAUGAAUUUAUGGAACAUGCAAGGAAGAAUGAAUUUGGUGACAUUCAAUGGUACCCUUCUAGACAUAUUGCUGUGUAUAGAUAUGAUAAUAGAGUCCCUUUAAACACAUCUGGCGAUGGCGUCAAUGAUUUUCUUGGAUUUCAAUCCAAUCCUAUUCUGCUGUCCAAAUCUGUUCGAGCCACAGAAAAGGGGUAUGAAAAUGCGAGAAACGUGGGUGGAAAAUGCAUAAUGGCGAGUUCUUUCGUGGCAUAUAAGAAAUUGAUAGCAAAUGGAUUGAAGAACAACAAAUUAAUCUUCACUGGAUAUCCAGUAGUGGGCCAUCAAGGGAAAAUGCAAACUUCAGGUUCAUGUUUAUACUCAUCCCCACUAGACAUCACCAGUACAUGUGCUUGGGAUCCAAGAAUCAAUGGACUCUUCUUCUAUGAAUCCACAGCCAUAUUCCCACAUUCAAACUUCGGAGAUUUCAUACGUGACGUAAAAAAAUUACGUGAUUUGGCCAAGCCAGAAAGCAUGUGUGGGGUUGACAUUUAUAACGGAUUUCUCUUUCGUUUUAUCAAGGCCUCAGAGGCAUAUUUAGGCCAAGGAGAAGAUUCAGUGGUCAUUGAUUUUAACUAUUAUCGCGCUAGUGAUGCCUUAACCCCGCGAUUAAACCAAGAUAUUUGGGAGGAAAUUGAGCAAAUGGCAUUUGUUAAGUAUGGGGCUAAGCCACAUUGGGCUAAGAAUAGGAAUGUAGCAUUUCUUGAUGCACAAAAGAAGUAUCCAAAAUUUAACAAGUUUGUUGCUGCCAAGAAUGAAUUGGAUCCUAAGAAUAUAUUUUCUAGUGAAUGGUCUGAUGAAAUAUUGUUUGGAAAACAAGAAGGUUUAAAGGGUGAUGGAUGUGCAUUAGAAGGGUUGUGUAUUUGUUCUGAAGAUAGGCAUUGUAGUCCAUCAAAAGGUUACUUUUGCAAGGCAGGGCUAGUUUAUCAAGAAGCACGUGUGUGUAGAUUUUCAUCAACUUCAACAAGGGGAAUAAAUAUUUUAUCCACUGGAAAUGUCCAGAUAUAAUGUACCUCUGCUUUGUCUUGAUGCAAAAUUCUAAUUCCAGAAAAACAAAAACAAUAAAAUGUGGCACUGGAAUUGGAACAA